CUGUCGAGGCACGCUUGCGCAGGCGCAGUGUGUUUUUGUACUGUUUUGGGCGUGAGAAGUAGGCAACGCAGUUUUUCUCUUGCGCAUGUGCUCCAUAUGUGUCCCUUUAUCGCAGAUUGUGGGCGGUCGCUGUACCUCUAGUUUUUUCUGCGUCCUGUUGUUGGGGGUCAUGUCACCGCGCCGCCUGCAGAUGGCAGUGGAGUGCGGCUGUGUUUUUUGGGUGCGACAAAUAAUCCGCACGAGAAGUGACAAUAGUUGUGAUGACAGAAGCUGCACUCAUAAGAUCUUUGCCGGUGUACUUCCAAGGAAACAAGCAUAGGAAAGGUUGGGCUACUGAAAGGACAGAAUAUGGAGAAACCGAUUGGCUCCCCAUCAGAAAAGGAAUAACGGAUUCUAAUUACACCUGUUAAGCACGAAACUUUAUUAGAACCCUUAAUGAGACCGAGUCUGAUAACUGAAAGUUGCCAAGAGGGUAAUACCAAGCUGGGGUAUUGAUAGUGUUUGCUGUUUGGAAGAGGAACGCUCUACCCAGUCACUGUCUGCAGUGCAGAAACAUUCCAAACCCUGGAGAACUUCGAAACCAGAAAAGAUGACAUGGUGUUGGUGUCUUACCCCAAGUGUGGUAUUAAUUGGCUCAUUCUAAUUGUGAAUGAUCUGGUUGCUACAACUUUGAAAACUAAGCAGGAGAACACAGAGCUACCAUUUAUUGAGUGUGGAGAUCCAGAAAAAUAUCAGAGGAUGAAACAGUUUCCAUCUCCAAGGAUUGUAGCCACACACCUCCAUUACAACAAUCUUCCCAAGUCCAUCUUCAAAAGUAAAGCCAAGGUACUGGUGUUGUUUCGAAAUCCUAAAGAUACGGCUGCAUCAUUUUUUCGUUUUCACAACAAUGCUCCAACCAUUCCCAGUUAUAACUCUUGGGAGGAGUUUUUUCCAAAAUUUAUGAAUGGUCAAGUUGCCUGGGGGUCCUAUUUUGACCACGCAGUCACUUGGAACAAACACAUGGAUAAUGAAAAUGUUCUAGUUCUGACAUAUGAAGAAUUAAAAGAGGACCUGGUUGCUGGAGUGAAGCAAAUAGCUGAAUUCUUUGGUUUCACUGCUACUGCGGAGCAAAUUCAGUCUGUUGCAGACAGGACUGCCUUCCAAGCAGUACAGGACAGAUCACAGGAGACACAUGGUGUGGUUGGCCCACUGCUCUUCCGAAAAGGUGUAGUAGGUGACUGGAAGAGCCUUUUUGAUGCAACUCAGAGCCAGAAAAUGGAUGCUAAAUUUAAGGAGUGUUUAGCAGGAACUAAGCUGGGAGCAAAGCUGAAGUAUGAUGUAUACUGCAAAGCCUGAAAGGUUCUCUUGUGAAGUGCUUCAUUCUCAUGACAGUUUUGUUUGCUAUCAUACAUUCAAGAAAAAAACUGCAGCCAGAACACACAUUUCUUUGUUGCAAAUUUCAGUAUUGUGAAACUCUUUAGUGACAGACUUCUAAGACACACUUUUAGUAAGCUGGGUCUCAAUCAAUCAAUCAAUCAUUACAGUCAAAGACCAGCACUAUAAAAUAUUAAAGCAAUAAAACAUAUCAAUAUUAUACAGAGAAACAAACAAACAGCUGCAACAUAAGAUAAUAUGGCACUAAUGGAGUUGGAUAAAUACACCAAUGGUCAAAAAGCCCCCAGAAAGUUAGCUAUUAUUAUUGUUUUUCAUCAUCACUCUCCUACGGGAACUGCUGAUGCACAAAAUCUUGCCAUGUUAACUGUGACCUGCGGGACCCUUAAGCUGGGUCUUUUUCACGCUGUUUAAUAGAAUGC